UCAAAAACACUCUAAUAAUUUUUACUCGUUUCUUACAAAGAUAUUAAGAAUGAUACAACAUAAAAAAAUGUUGUCUCCCUUUAUCCGCAAUUGUUCCUCAAAGAAGUAGCACUAUAAAUAGUCUCAUCACCCAAAGACAUAAACCCCAACACUCAAACCUCAACUGCUCUCCCAUAACCGAAACCGAGAGAAAGAAAAAUAGAAAAAGAUGAUUGAGACGGUUAAACACCUGAUCGGCUCCGGUGGUCCCAGCGGAUUCGGGUCAAGAUCCACCGCCGAUCAUGUCACUUGUAAUUCUGAUCUCCGUUCUCUAACUGCCAUCAUCACUGGCGCUACGUCGGGGAUAGGAGCGGAGACAGCGCGUGUUCUUGCUAAGCGUGGAGCUCGACUUGUGCUUCCGGCUCGGAGCGUCAAAACCGCCGAGGAAACAAAAGCUCGUAUCCUGGCGGAGUUUCCUGAUGCGGAGAUCAUCGUUAUGCAUCUUGAUCUCAGCUCACUUACCUCUGUCCGCCGAUUCGUGGACGAUUUCGAAUCUCUCAAUCUCCCACUCAACAUCCUCAUAAACAAUGCCGGGAAAUACGCGCAUAAGCAUGCCAUCUCUGAGGACGGUGUGGAGAUGACCUUUGCCACUAAUUAUCUCGGCCAUUUUCUGCUGACGAAACUGCUGUUAAAGAAGAUGAUUGAAACGGCGGCACAAACCGGCGUGCAAGGCCGUAUAGUCAACGUCACGUCCGUCAUCCAUAGCUGGUUUUCCGGUGAUAUGUUGCAAUAUCUCGCCGAUAUCUCGCGGAACAAUAGAAAUUACGAUGCGACUCGAGCCUACGCUCUCUCCAAGCUCGCCAACGUGCUCCACACUCUUGAGCUUUCCCGGAUUCUCCAUAAAAUGGAUGCUAAUGUGACGGCCAAUUGUGUCCAUCCUGGUAUCGUGAGAACCCGUCUCACAAGAGAUCGAGAAGGCAUCGUCACAGACUUAGUGUUUUUCUUGACCUCCAAGCUAUUGAAGUCUGUUCCUCAGGCAGCAGCUACGACAUGUUACGUGGCAACAAGUCCGAGAUUGAGGAACGUGUGUGGCAAGUACUUCUCAGACUGCAACGAAGCUAGGACAUCUAAAUUCGGGUCUUGCAAUCUUAAAGCUCAGAGACUCUGGACUGCUUCUGACUUGUUGGUUUCUCCACCCAAUUCCACUCCCGAUCUUUCUCAAACGUCCUUUUAAUCAACAACCAUCCUAGCUAUUUCUACGUGUAUAUCCCAAGCCCUCUAUAUAGUAUAGUAAUACCUUAUAAUUAAUAGCUAUAGCAAUAUACUAUAGAUGAAUGGGCCAAACGUUCCUUUGUGUGUGUGCAUAUAAGCAAGCCUCCCUAUAUUUAAUAUGUGGUUAUGGUUUGACAUUAUAUAUUGUUAAUAUAUUAGUUGUAGGGUUUUGUAAUCCUAGCUAGCUAGGUCCUUGUUAUGUAAUAUAUAUAUAUAUACAUCAUUCAAAACAUUAAAAAAUUUCAU